AUGGGUUUUGAGUCUGGAUUUGAAGAGUGGAAGAGAGUCAAUGGUACGGAAGUCAGUGUGGCUGAAGGCUCUGUGUCCCACAGGGAUGAGUCUGGCUGGGGGGACGGAGAGUGUGAGGGUGGAGGAGGAGCGGAGUGUGCGGGCAGGAGUGGCAGGGUGGAGGAGGAGCAGAAGUGGCAGGGUGGAGGAGGAGCAGGAGUGACAGGGUGGAGGAGGAGCAGGAGUGGCAGGGUGGAGGAGGAGCAGGAGUGGCAGGGUGGAGGAGGAGCAGGAGUGGCAAGGUGGAGGAGGAGCAGGAGUGGCAGGGUGGAGGUGGAGCAGGAGUGGCAGGGUGGAGGAGGAGCAGGAGUGACAGGGUGGAGGAGGAGCAGGAGUGACAGGGUGGAGGUGGAGCAGGAGUGGCAGGGUGGAGGAGGAGCAGGAGUGGCAAGGUGGAGGAGGAGCAGGAGUCGCAGGGUGGGAGGAGGAGCAGGAGUGGCAGGGUGGAGGAGGAGCAGGAGUGGCAGGGUGGAGGAGGAGCAGGAGGUGCAGGAGGAGCAGGAGUGGCAGGAUAGAGGAGGAGCAGGAGUGACAGGGUGGAGGAGGAGCAGAAGUGGCAGGGUGGAGGUGGAGCAGGAGUGGCAGGGUGGAGGAGGAGCAGAAGUGGCAGGGUGGAGGUGGAGCAGGAGUGGCAGGGUUGAGGAGGAGCAGGAGUGGCAGGGUGGAGGAGAAGCAGGAGUGGCAGGGUGGAGGAGGAGCAGGAGUGGCAGGGUGGAGGAGGAGCAGGAGUGGCAGGGUGGAGGAGGAGCAGGAGUGACAGGGUGGAGGAGGAGCAGGAGUGGCAGGGUGGAGGAGGAGCAGGAGUGGCAGGAUGGAGGAGGAGCAGGAGUGGCAGGGUGGAGGAGCAGCAGGAGUGGCAGGGUGGAGGAGGAGCAGGAGUGGCAGGGUGGAGGAGGAGCAGGAGUGGCAGGGUGGAGGAGGAGCAGGAGUGACAGGAUGGAGGAGGAGCAGGAGUGA